CAGCUGGGGGUCGGCACCUGAGGGGAGGUCCCCAGCACCACCGCCCCCAAUGGGGGCUAGCGGGGGCCUGCGCUGUUGCCGCCCAGAUCCAGUCCCAGGAGGCGGGUUACCCCUGCCUCUCUCCUGUUACUCUUCUUUAUUCACAACAACAAUACUGUGACAAUAGCCUAUCUGUUGUCAUCUCAUUUGAUCAUCAGUCCCACUCUACAGAUAGAGAAACUGAGAUUUACCAACAGCAUGAAUCAAGAAAAGUUAGCCAAACUUCAGGCUCAGGUCCGGAUAGGGGGCAAGGGUACAGCUCGCAGAAAGAAGAAGGUAGUACAUAGAACAGCUACAGCUGAUGACAAAAAACUUCAGAGUUCUCUAAAAAAACUGGCUGUGAAUAAUAUAGCUGGUAUUGAAGAGGUAAACAUGAUUAAAGAUGAUGGGACAGUUAUUCAUUUCAACAAUCCCAAAGUCCAAGCUUCCCUUUCUGCUAACACCUUUGCAAUUACUGGUCAUGCAGAAGCCAAACCAAUCACAGAAAUGCUUCCUGGAAUAUUAAGUCAGCUUGGUGCUGACAGCUUAACAAGUCUUAGGAAGUUAGCUGAACAGUUCCCUCGGCAAGUGUUGGAUAGCAAAGCACCAAAACCAGAAGACAUUGAUGAGGAAGAUGAUGAUGUUCCAGAUCUCGUAGAAAAUUUUGAUGAGGCAUCGAAGAAUGAAGCUAACUAAAAAAUUUUUUCUGGAGUUUGGAAGCUGGCAUGGACUAGAUUUAACAAAUCAGCUAUGUGGUUCCAAAGUUUUACAGACAUGGAGAACAUCAACUGUUACUAGUUCAGUAAUAUAAAUAUUUUGUAUAUUAAUAAUGCUGUUUGUUCAGCAUUUUUCGGUCAUUUGAUUUUGCAUUUUGCACUUCCUCCCAGGAUCUAUUCUUUUGGUCAAAAUACGAAGUAUUGGUGCAGUUUGAGGGUGUUUUGGUGUUUGAUUCUCAGUUCUUUGUUUUGUUUUUUGUUGGAGUAUUUUCGGUGUGUGUAUGUAUAUGUAUGUGUGUGGGUAUGUGUGUAUACAGUGGAGAGCAAAUUGGAAAACAUUUCUAUUUAUCCUCCUUCUUCCCCCAGUAGAAAUAAAACGAAUCUUUCCAUUUG